CACGGAGUGAGUGCUUUCAGGAAGAGCGUCUGGCUUAACCGCAGUCUGUUUUGAACCACCAUGGUCAAGAAGUUGCUUGUAGAUGUAGACUGUGGCGUGGACGAUGCCCAGGCUAUCAUGAUGGCUCUGGCUGUGCCGGAUGUGCAGAUCCUUGGGAUCACCUGUGUUCAUGGCAACACCUCUGUAGAGAAUGUGUGCAGAAACGUCCUCCGUGUCCUGAGAGUCUGUGACCAGAUGAAGAUUCCUGUAUUCAGAGGGGCAUCAAAGCCACUUCUUGGGGAUGUUUUAAGUGCUUCGCUGUUUCAUGGACAUGAUGGGCUUGGUGAUGCUCCAGACCCCAAUGCUCCUGGUCUGGAACUAUUACAGGAGGAGAGAGCCGCGUCUGCCAUCAUCCGCAUCGUCAAUGAGCAUCCAGGAGAGGUAUCUAUAGUGGCCACAGCUCCUUUGACAAACCUAGCAUUGGCAGUAAGGUUGGAUCCUACCUUGCCGCAGAAGCUGAAAGGCCUGUACAUCAUGGGAGGCAACACAGAUGCUAGGGGGAACACUACUAUAUGCGGAGAAUUCAACUUUACAGCAGACCCUGAAGCAGCGUAUAUUGUACUGAAUGAAUACUUGUGCCCAACUUACAUUGCCAGCUGGGAGUUCACUUGUCUCAGCAAAUUGCCCUGGGAGUUCUGCGAUGAUUGGCUGGCCCAGGACACCGAUAAAGCUCACUUCAUGAAGAAGAUCUUCCAGCACAGCAUGGCCAUGUGUGAAAAUGAGAGGAUUACUAAAGAGCUAGUAUCAGGAGCAGGAUUCAUUUCUUGUGAUUCUUAUGCCAUGGCCGCUGCCAUCGAUGACACGUUUAUCAUUGAGUAUGACCAUAAGGCUGUGACUGUAGAGCUCACUGGGGAACAUACCAGGGGAAUGAUGGUGGUAGAUCACCUUGAGAUGCUUAAGACGACUCAUAAAGCUUACAUUUUGAAGAAGGUGGACUUAGAAAAGUUUAAGGUGCUAAUGAUGAACUCUUUGAAAUGAGAAUUUUAUCAGGAUCAUGACUGCGAUGAUUAUCUCUGAAUCACUGAAACAGAUCUUAUGCUAGCAUUAGCUUGAAAAAUCUAUUUUUAAAAUCUUCAACAAAAAUUGUAAUAAAUGUUCUUUAGUAUGAAUUAUGGAUGGAAAGCAGUCUUUAAGUAAACUUUCUAUUUUUAUAAUUUUAGAAAAAUCCCAACCUGUUAUUCCCCACAGCAAUGAAACGAAAAUCUGUAUCUGUAAUGAUAUUGGUGCUGUUAAUAAAACAUGAUGGA